GUCUCAACUCCCAUGGAUCCCCCUUCCCCCCAGCUUUGGGCGACUGCAUCCAGAGAAUGGUACAUACCCCCGAAACCAAAGCCCGGCCGCAAGCCGAAGAAAGAUGUCGCUCCCCCAGCUGCCCAGUCAAGCGAGGUCGAUGCCAAGGGCCGCCGCGUCCAGAAUCGCGCUGCACAAAGAGCCUUUCGUGAGCGCAAGCAGACCCAGCUGGCUGACCUCCAAGCUCGUGUCCAAUCCUACGAGCAGGGCGAAGUGCAACGCAAUCUUGCCCUGCAGAAUGUCGCGCUGCGGCUCAAGCAGGAAAACGACACUCUCCGGCAGGAAAACGCGGCACUCAAGGAGCGGCUCGCCCAUGCUGAGCAAGAGCGCAACCUUGCGCAGGACAUAGCCCGCGAGGCUGCGGACCGGAAACGCUACCGCGACGACUCUCCUGCUUCGAGCAUCGGAUCUAGUCAGCGGAAAAAGCACAAGGUCGACCACCGUGAACCGGAUGUCCAGGCUCCCCGCUUUGCGCAGUCGUACAUCUCGUCCCCCACGUCCAUGGUCUCUUCCCCAGACUCGCUGGGAUCGACCGAAACUUGCUUCUCAUCUGUGCCGUUCGACUCUCAUCAGGAUACUUUCCAUGCGGCAGCUUUCCCUGGGCUGAAGACAGAGCCGAGCUCAUUCCCUGCAUUCGACUGCGGGUUCUGCAGUGAUAAUUCCCUUUGCGUGUGCCGAGAUGUUUUCCAACCGCUUCCGGAGGUGAAGAUGGCCCUAAGCAACGAUCCGAGUAUCAUCGUGCUAGACAAUCCUGCACCAGUGAACGAGCCCUCGAUUCUCGAUAACCUGCCGCCGUACCAGCCUCCUGUACCACUGCGUAUUCGGCCGAAAGGUACCAGGCCGACCAACCCGAUCUUUGAGAUCACUCCGGCUUGUUCCGGGGACCCUGCCAAUUGCCCUGCUUGUGCCGACGACUCCUUUGGCAAGGCAUUUUGCGAGAAGAUAUCGACGCUUCCCCCCUGUGGAGAUUGUUCGUGUCCUUCGGUCGCCGACACAAUGCCCGACGGGAACAUGGCCGACUCGUCGCCACCCCCGGAAACGAUGCCCACAAGCGAUGCUUGGCGGCGACUCAAGUCACACCCGAAUGUGUCGUUUUCGGAUCUGGACAUGCUGGCAGAUGUCGUUGCGCGGCGUUCAAAAUGCACUGGCCCACGUGUAUUGCUGAGCCCUGAGCCCGAGGCUGGGUCCAGCUCCGAUCAGCCCAUCCUGCUCACCGAUCCACAUGCUUCGUAUCGACAGCAGCAACUGGUACGGGAGGUCAGCGCAGAUGCCGUUCGCGAAGCGUUAUGUUUACUAGACGGUAAAUAUAUUCCGCAGUGAAUGUGUCUAUGGUACUGGUUAUUACAUGCUGCUGCCCGCG